AGAAACUCACCAAAGCCAAUCCAUGCCUACUUCUGGUCGGAGUAAAAGAACCGAAGAAGAAACGUGAUGCCAAUGACAAUUAUAAUGUUAAUUAUGUUAUGGCAUGUAUUUGUUACCUAAUUAUGCCAUAGAUGAAACCAAACUCAAGUCUCAAUCCAUUACUAUUAUGAAUGCACUACCGACACCACACCGCGAUAUCCCAUCACGCAGCAGCCUAGUCAAUAGUCAAACCCCACUCUCAUCUCUGCAACCAAAAAAUAAAGCGAGGCCGAAAACCAUUUGAACCCAAUUUAUUUAUUUAUUUAAAAAAGAGAAAAACCCACUCUCUGGACUACCCACUGGAAUAACGACAUCUCCGCUCGAAAUCACGGUUCUUCGAUUCGACUCAGCUAUGGCGAGCUUGACUCGGAGAUCACUGUCUCAACUCGGAACUAUAUUAUCGAUGAAGAAAAUUCCGGGUUUGGAUCCACCUUUCUUUUCAGCUAUUACUUGCUCCUAGUGUUGCUUCAGCCAUCUCUCGCCGUUGAUUUCGUCCAAAUCCCCUAGAUCUGAGCCGUUAGGGGGCAAUCAACGGCGUCUGUCAUGUCAAUUGGUAUAUUGAAAAAGGUUCAAGGCUUGGUGCAGAAAUGGAUGCUUAUAUUAUCUUGCUUGGUAUUUGUGAUUGAGGCUGGUGAAAAUGAUAAAACAAUGGAGCCCCCUUCUUUAUAUGAUUCUGGAUCACCUUUGCCCUUUGUUGUUGUUCAUGAUCUACCUCUACCAGCAAAUCUCCAUGUGUCGAAGCAUGUGCUUUCUCAUGGUGCACCAAUUGCUGCACUGUCACCAGUCAAGCCUCCUUCAUAUGGUCCUUUCACAAGUAAUGGUCACCCCCCUGCAAGUUCACAUUUAUCCAUACUAUUCAAGAAGAGUGAAAUGAAACCUCCAAUUUCUGGCUUUAAAGAUAUUCAUAUUGCUCCUGUGCAUUCUACUGCAGCUGCAGGCCCUUCCGCUUUGGCCCAGCCACCAUUGUCUCCUUAUGCUUCUAAUUGUUGUAAACAAGACAUGGUGCUGAAAAGGGGCAGUAAGGAUUGCCAAUGUGCAUAUCCCAUAAAGCUAGACCUUUUUCUUUCAAAUGUCUCUCAAAAUCCUAAUUGGAAUGAUUUUCUUGAUGAAUUAGCUACCCAGCUUGGGUUGCGAAAUACCCAGAUUGAGCUGAUAAACUUUUAUGUACUCAGCUUAUCAACAUUAAAUAUAUCGAUGAAUAUUACUCCACAUAAAGGCAUCAGUUUCUCUGCCAAUGAAGUUUCUAAAAUAAACUCUUCGCUUUCAAUGCAUAAGGUUCAACUAAACCCUGGAUUAGUGGGUGGAUACAAACUUCUCAAUUUAACGUGGUUUGAACCACCUCCUCCUUCUCAAGCUCCUACUUUAGCUGCAUCACCUGUGAAUACACCUUUGCAUCAUUCACCUACUGCUACAUCAUCAUCGAGUUCUCCGAAAAGAGGAAGGCAUUCAAAUUUGUUUCUUAUUCUUGGAAUUGCUAUUGGCAUAAUCUUCAUUGCUAUCAUAUCUGUACUUAUAUUCUGUUUAUGUACGUUCCUGCCAAAAGCAAACACACCUCCUAUAGACACUGAAAAGCCAAGGACAGAGAGUGCAAUUUCAACUGUGGGUUCUCUUCCCCACCCAACUAGUACACGUUUUAUUGCUUAUGAAGAGCUUAAAGAAGCAACAAACAAUUUUGAAGCAGCGAGCAUACUUGGAGAAGGAGGGUUUGGUAGAGUUUUUAAAGGUGUCUUAAAUGACGGUACUCCUGUAGCAAUUAAGAGGCUUACCAGUGGAGGGCAACAGGGUGACAAAGAGUUUUUGGUUGAGGUUGAGAUGCUUAGCCGGUUGCAUCAUCGUAACCUUGUAAAACUAGUGGGAUACUUCAUUAAUCGUGACUCAUCACAAAAUUUACUUUGCUAUGAGCUUGUCCCUAAUGGAAGUUUGGAGGCUUGGCUUCAUGGUCCCUUGGGAAUCAACUGUCCUUUGGAUUGGGACACCAGAAUGAAGAUUGCGCUGGAUGCUGCGAGGGGACUUUCAUACCUGCAUGAAGACUCACAGCCCUGUGUAAUACACAGAGACUUCAAGGCAUCCAACAUACUGCUUGAGAACAACUUUCAAGCUAAGGUUGCAGAUUUUGGUCUUGCUAAGCAAGCACCUGAAGGAAGAUCUAAUUAUUUGUCUACUCGUGUCAUGGGGACAUUUGGGUACGUAGCUCCUGAAUAUGCCAUGACUGGGCACCUACUUGUUAAAAGUGAUGUUUAUAGCUAUGGUGUUGUCUUGCUGGAACUGCUUACUGGUAGGAAGCCUGUGGAUAUGUCACAGCCAACUGGACAAGAGAACCUUGUUACUUGGGCUAGGCCAAUCCUUAGAGAUAAGGAGCGGUUGGAAGAGAUUGCUGAUCCAAGACUUGGGGGAGAGUAUCCAAAGGAAGAUUUUGUACGUGUUUGCACUAUUGCUGCGGCCUGUGUUGCUCCGGAAGCAAACCAACGACCUACAAUGGGUGAAGUGGUACAAUCACUUAAAAUGGUGCAGCGCGUCACAGAAUACCAUGAUUCUGUGUUAGCCUCAUCCAAUGCACGACCCAACCUAAGACAGUCCUCUAGCACUUUUGAAUUUGAUGGAACGUCUUCGAUGUUCUCUUCAGGUCCUUACUCUGGUCUAAGUGCCUUUGACAAUGACAACAUUUCUAGGACCGUGGUUUUCUCUGAAGAUCUUUGUGAAGGACGAUGAAAACUGAGAAAACUUGGCCAUUCAAAAUGUUUUUUAUUUUUUUCCCAUUUUUGUGAGCACUUUCAAGCUUUCAACCAAAAAGUUUUUUAACCUCAUGAAUCAUAAGGCACAGAAUUUCCAAAUAAAUUUAAGCAUUUUGUUGGUGAGUGGAAUGGUAAUGUGAAUGCAAUAAUUAGUAGUUAGCUGAUUAUUUAUUUAAAGAUGAGUUGGUAAUAGCUUGUAUAAAUAGAAUAAAAUUUGCCAAACGGCUCACUAGUUUUAUUUAUUCUUGUCUUGAACAAAGGAAGAUAUCACUUGUAUUCUUCGAUUGGGUUGCUUGAUUUCUUUUAGAGAGGAUUCUUUGUGACUGCUUUUGCCAUCCUGUUUUACCCCAGGAGACAGUGGUUCCACACGCGGAUCAAAUUUUGUAUAUUUGCUUUGUAGUUGUUUCUACUUUCAAAGAUUGACUUUCAAAAUUUCCCCUCCAAA